CAUGUGGCGGCCAGACAGAGCAGGAAGCAAGCAAACGCCAGUAAACACAUCGAAGAAGAGAAAGAAGAUCAAAAUAUUCCAUACCACACAGGAACAAGGUUGAAGAAGACAUAUGAUUACCCGAUUCUCCAUCACCAUGACCGUGUUAAGAAACUCCUCUAUCUCCUCCCCAUCACUUGACUCUCUCAUUCCUCGCCAACCCAACAGUGUCAAUCCCACCAGGAAUCUCAUCUCCCUCACCAAAUCACCUCUUCCCCUGAAUCUCAAAUACUCAAUCUCCACGAACAAUCAAAAUCUCCGCACCGUUUGUAGCUCCAAAUCAGACAAUGGAUCCCAUGACCCUUCUUCUUCUCAGGGAGGUGAAUCAUUCUUCAGGGGAGUGUUGGCAAACAUGGAGGGUGUGUACUUGAGCAGGAACCCUACAGCAAAGUCAGUGUUGGAGCUUGUUGGGUCUGAUGAACAGAUUAGCUAUGAUCAUUUUGCAUUUAGGACCUUUGGGGUGAAUGGUUACGGGAUUGAUUCCAUGGCUAGAUUUUUCUUGGAUUUCGGGUACACUCCCCGGGAGGAGUUACGAUUCCCGGCUAAGAAAUUGAGGGCAUUCUGGUUUGCUCCUCCUAGUUAUACCAUUUCUGAUGGUGGUGCUGGUGUUAAUGGGCCUUUGCCGAGAAUAUUUAUAUCUGAGCUUCUUGUAGAUCAGAUGAGUCCACAAACUCAGGAGAUAAUCCGUAAGUACACUGAUGACUCUGGUUCUGGAAAUAAGUAUGCUGCUCUAGCAAGUGCGCUGGGAACUUUGACGUGGGAAAAGCCGUUGUACUCAGAAUUUCAGCAAUUGGCUAGGGAGAGUGAAUAUGCUGCCUGGACCCUUGUCAAUGGGUAUGCAGUCAACCAUGUCACAAUCUCUGCUCACCAGCUGAAAUCUAAAUUGAGAGAUAUUAAAAGCCUCAAUCAAUUCAUUGAGGAGAAUGGGUUCAGGUUGAAUUCUGAAGGCGGAAUUCUGAAAGUGAGCCCCGAUGGUCUUCUGCUGCAAAGUUCAACUGUCGCAGAUCCAGUUAAUUUCCAAUUUAGGGAUGGUCAAAUUGAGUCGGUCCCCUGCUCCUACAUUGAGUUUGCUCAACGCCUGGUGCUGCCCCAAUACAGCAAUCUACCAAGCAACGAGGUUAAGGAGCAUCACAGGCGAGAUGGCUUUGAGGUUGGUAACGCGGACAAGAUCUUUGAGAGCACAUCAAAGGAGCAGCUGACCAGGAGGGCUGCAUGACAGACUUGGUAAACAACUGCAUACUACCAAGGCUAGAUCGGUUUCACUCUUCAUGAAGCACCAAAAAUAAUAACCUCUUCUGGGAUUAAUCUUUGGUACAAGAAGCAAGGCUGACAUACUAAUUAGCUACUUAUGCUCCAACAUUAGAGAGGUUGAAGCAUGUAAAUGUAUUUUCUAGAUAUAUUUAAUAAAUGAACGCAGGUCCUAUGAUUUGCUCCAUUGCAAAAUAA